GGGAAAAGAUCGAGCCAGGGGAAUGUCUGAGGGAGUCUGAGGAAACCUGUGGGGCAGGAUACUUUUGGACGACAAACUACAGGAAACACUGGCUUGAAAUUAUUUCCUUUGCUGCUGGUUAUAGUUUGGCUUUUGAUAAUCCCGCACAGUUCGGUGGAGGGAACUUUUACGGCGCGUUUUACCGUGGGCUUUGCUUUGCCCGGCUGUGAUUUCGCUGGAUAGUACUCCGAGGUGGAUCAGCCUAACGACAACAUAAGAGGAAUAGCGAAGAGACUCCUGCCAGAGCGGCGAUUUUUUUUUUUUAUUAAGUCUACCUCAUUAGAAAAGGGAACUGAAACGACUCGAUCUGGUUUACUUUGACCCCGUCAGCGGAUAAUUCUCACAACCAAACUUUUACGCGCACCACCAGGAUCUUUGAGCUGCUGAGAUGUGUUGAUGGAGUCCUCGGAUGUCUCCAAGAUGACUGCUCUUCUUUCAACAGACACCAUGAGCCGGUCGAAGUGGUCCUUUUUCAUCCUCACUGUCUUUUUAUCUGCUUGGAGUCCGGUUGAUGCGGGCACUCUGACAGAUUUGGAGUUUGACCGGAGUCCCACGACAGUCAUCUCUUCACUGGGAAAACCUGUGACUCUUCACUGCACCCUAAAAGGUACAGGGGGUGAAGAAGAAGACCCCCCAGAUGUGCUCUGGUUGAGAGAUGGCAUCACAAUUCAAGACGCUGACACCAACCAGUUCCAAGUCCACACCGGCAGCAACAGCUGGACCAUAAUGAGCACGCUCAGCAUUGAAAAGGUCCAGCUUUCUGACAUGGGCUCCUAUCGCUGUGCCGUUCUAUCAGAGAGCCACCAGACUCUGUCUGAGGAGGGAGAAAUCCAGCUGGAGGGCCUUCCUCAUUUCUCUGUGGAGCCCCACCACAUGUCUGUAGUAGCUAACCUAUCUCUGAGCCUGAGAUGUGUGGCCCAUGGACCUCCAGAGCCAGUCAGAGUCAUCUGGCUGCAGGACGGAGCUCCUCUCAAUUCCCUCACGGACCCGGUGGCCCUAUCGCCUUCAACACUCAACCUCACAGGUUUAAACAGAACCAGUACCUUUUCCUGUGAGGCCCAUAACCGCAAAGGGGUGGCCACUUCUGGAUCUGGAACCAUCACUGUUCUUCCAUCCAGGCCUCAGAAUGUGAGAGCUGUAGAGAUCACCCCAACCAGUCUCCGUUUAUCAUGGCAACCUGGGUUUGGAGGCGACUACCCCAUAAUUCGCUGCUCUGUCCAGGCCAAACAUUCAGGAGAAUCCUUCAUGUCAGGCCCAGAUAAGAUGAUCCACAACCAGAAUGUGAACAUCCCACCAGCCACGCACCUCAUUGGGGAUCUGGAGCCCCACAGCCUGUAUGCAGUGAGGGUGGCCUGUCACAGCAGCCAGGGCCCGUCUGACUGGUCACCCUGGGUGGAGCUUUGCACCAAAGAAGGAGUUCCAGAAAACCCACCUGUGAAUGUGACCGCUGUGCUCAAUGGGACAGAAGUGCUGAUGAUGUGGGAAGGACCUCCAGGAAAGCUGAAUGGAGAACUGCAAGGCUACAUGGUGGAGUACAGCACGCCUACAGCACCACAGUUUGUCGUGGACACUGGAUUGGACACCGAGCUGUCAAUCAAUCUGUCCGUCCCCUUGUCCAAUGUGUCCUUUCGAGUGUGUGCAUACACGGGAGCCGGGCAAGGACCCUGGACCCCCAUACAGACCCUGAACCUCAUCACCCCUGAAAGGGAGGAAUUUCGAGGUUCCUCCUCCCCUCAGGCCUUUUCCUGGCAUUGGUGGUAUGUGGUAAUGGCUGUCGCCGGCGCUGUAUCCAUAGCUGUGCUCAUGGCUGUUUACGUGGCCAAGCUGCGGCGCAAGGAGACGCGCUUUGGAGAGGCGUUUGAACCCAUGAUGGAAAGCGGAGAACUUGUAGUCAGAUACCGAGCACGCCGCACCUACAGCAGAAGGACUACAGAGGCAACAUUGAACAGCCUGGGCAUCAGCGAUGAGCUGAAGCAGAAGCUCCAAGACGUGAUGGUGGACAGACAUAAACUAACCCUGGGAAAGACAUUAGGAGAAGGGGAGUUCGGCUCUGUGAUGGAGGGCCUCCUCACUCAGGAGGAGUCUGUUCUCAAAGUUGCUGUGAAGACUAUGAAGAUUGCCAUCUGUACCCGCACAGAGAUGGAAGAUUUUCUGCGUGAGGCUGCCUGCAUGAAAGAGUUCGACCAUCCCAAUGUCAUGAGGCUUCUGGGUGUGUGUCUGCAGACUGUAGAGAGUGAAGGUUACCCCUCCCCCGUGGUCAUCCUGCCUUACAUGAAACACGGAGACCUGCACAGCUAUCUGCUCUACUCUCGACUGGGAGACUGCCCUGUGUACCUCCCGUCUCAAAUGCUGGUAAAGUUUAUGACCGACAUUGCCCGAGGGAUGGAGUACCUCAGUAGCAAGAACUUCAUCCACAGAGACCUCGCUGCUCGCAACUGCAUGCUGAACGAGAACAUGAAUGUGUGCGUGGCUGACUUUGGACUCUCUAAGAAGGUCUACAACGGAGACUACUACAGGCAGGGCCGGAUCUCAAAGAUGCCAGUCAAAUGGAUCGCCAUUGAGAGUUUGGCUGAUCGAGUCUACACCACCAAGAGUGACGUGUGGUCGUUUGGAGUCACCAUGUGGGAGAUCGCCACGCGGGGCCAGACUCCAUACCCUGGAGUGGAAAACAGUGAGAUUUAUGAUUAUUUGAGACAAGGAAACCGUCUCAAACAGCCUCCAGACUGCCUGGACUGCAUUUACUCCAUCAUGUUCUCCUGCUGGCUCCUGAGUCCAAAGGAUCGUCCAUCAUUCGAGUCUCUGCGCUGCGAGCUGGAAAAGGCCCUUGAGGAUCUCCCAGACCCCCAAGACCCAGACGAGAUCUUAUACGUCAACAUGGACGAGUCCUCCAUGGAGCUUGGAGCCGUCGGUGGUCGUGAUCCAAUAGGGGUUCCGCCUCCUCUCUGCCUUAAGGGCCUGGACUCUGUGACCACAGCUGAGGUCCACCACCCUAACCGUUACGUCCUUUGUCCUCAACACGAGACCAACCGAGCCUUAUGCGACUCCCUGGAGAGCCUAGACAUGCCAGUGUCGUCGUCCACAGCCACUCUGCCCCUACAGCCAUCCUGCCACUCCACCCCGAACCCCACGCCGGCCCCCACUCCAUCUAUGGAGCUGCUGGAGGACAGAGACGGGUCCAGGAAAAUGCCCUGGCAGUGAUGACUUUCUAAAAGUGAUUCAUCACUGUCAAACUGUGCCAUCUUUGGCGGAGAAUGAGAUCCAGCCUUUUGCUGCUGACUGUGAGACACCACACGUGCCCCUGCGUGCAUAAUUUGCACAGAAACUCCCCCACACUUAGCUGAAUGCAUUCCAAGGAUUAUGUUAUUUCCUUUGUGGCCCUGUUCCUUUCUAAAUGAGCACAUGUACGAGAAAAAGAAAUAUGACAUCAGUGUAGCAGGAGGGAAUCUGCUACUAACAGAGGCAGAGCAUGACCAGAAUGCAUGCUACAUAAACUGCAGUACAAUCAAAGAAAUACACACCCUGUCACAAUGGCAAUAAAAUACCAACUACCUAGAGAUAGCAGUUCUCCUUCCUUAUGUGAUAAAGCUAAAAAAUAAAGUCUUCGAUAAACCAGCUCACACUGCCAGAUUGAACGACAACCAAACACACUCAGGAGCAUGAAAUGUCCAAGGGAUAGGACUCACACCAGAGGAGUCAUCCACCUAAACCUGAGCUUGUCCUGCAGAGAGAUGUGGAGGACUUGUGCAGGAGGAGCCUUGACUCUUCUUUGAAGACAUUAGCUAGUGGAGAGAGGACUGGUGGUUUAAAGGUUAAAAGUUCGGUUUGUAAGGACAACAUGAGCAUUUUAAGUUGAAAUUGCAAACUUCUUGUUGAUAUUGCACCAUAUUUGACACUUUGAGCUCUUUAUUUUUGGUGCAUAGAUGAUCUAAUUUUCUCUCACAAGAACUGCAAUUCACAAAACUUUAAAUUAGGACAUUUUUCUACAAUAUCAACAACUAAAAUGUUUUCAAAACAACUUUUAACAGGACAUAUUCCAACAGAUUCCUCAAAUUUGCAAAGAAAAGAAUCCAGUGCAAGCUUCGGUUGUUUUAUUGAAGCUACUUUGGGUGAGGAACCUUCCAUCUUUCGUUAAAACCUACAUCAGAGGCUUGUUGAACCCCAAAUCUUCUUCAGAUCUUCUACUGUGAGUGCUUUAACCUAUUUAGACCUGAUGCAGCAUUCCCAUAUAUAGUCUUUUAGGACAAGAUGAUGUGCUUCUGCCGAAGACCUGAUAUGAUUUGGAUUGUCACACUGUUUGUAGACACAUGAUUGAAAAAAACUGCCACGUGGUUGGCUAAAGUGCAGAAUUUAGCCCCUAAAAAGAUUUUAGCCUCUUGGGCCUUGACUCUGGAGGUGUCAGAUGAAGAAAAUGUAAAGUUGAAUAGUGAGUGAUGCAGAUAAAAGCUGAAAACCUCAGUAAGGGUACAACAUGGAAGUGUUUUUUCUAGAUUGUGUCCAAGAGACUUUCAGCUAUCUUCCAUUUACUUUUCCCAGAAACUUUGGAGUAUUUUUUUCAGUCUCUUUUUGUUGCAUUCUUUUUAUCUGCGGUCUGAACAGUACUCUGUUUAAUUAAGUUUAUUUGAUUUUAAAAAAUCUGAUAUUUGUGUUGCAGUUGCCCAUUAAGGAGUUGAUGGUGGGUCCUCAGGCAAGACCACUGAAAACCACUGAUUUAGACAACAAGAAUAACAAUUAUAUACAGUGAAAAGCCAAGAAUGUAAGCUUUCAGAUGUUUUUAUUUCAUGUGUCUAUCUGCUACCAAGGCUGAGAAAAAAAAAGAUUUUAGUAAACAAUGAAAUAUGGUCCCUCAGAUUUUUAGGGUAACCUUAGGUCUGAAUGGAUUAAGCACCAUGAGCCGUCCCAUCUUUCCUCUCUGAUGAGUGAGACACCUUUCCAAGUCCUGAUCCUCUUGGUUUGUACAUCUUUGCCAUAACUCAGGAAGCUGAGACUCAGCAGGGACAGAGGUACUGGUCACAUAAAGAGGGUACAAAGACUCAGAGGUAGUUUUAAGUGUUGGUACAGUUGGAGAGUUCCUUCUGAGCUCCCUAUUUUUUAGACUUAAGCACAGUGUUAUUACAAGUGUAAUUGUUUUAUGCUGUUGUUUUAUUUCUACGACUUUGCACUAAUGUUUUAUAUGUUUGUUUUGUAUAUCAUUUUUGCUUUUUUGUUUGUUUGUAUUUACUUGCUGGACACUCCGUAGAUGUGUCUCAUGAAUUCAGCCGACAUGUAACAACCUUCGUAUCCAUAAAGACGGAGAACAAAGCCUGUGAAAACAUGGCAGGGCAAUGAAAUCAGUAAAUGAGCAGAGACUGGGAAACAUGACUAACCUUGUAGUCUGGCUUCACUCUGACUCUUUUAUUCUGGGAUGUUUUUGUUUCUCGAGGUUUAGCUCUGUAAACAGAGGUCUGUCAGACGCAGGAAGUAGCAGCUGAAAAGCAAAUAGAAGUGUGGUCAUUCAAACGUCUGGCUUUGGGAAAUCCAGCAGCUGCAGCUUUGCAUCAUGCAUGCACUUAUUUUUAUACAUAAAUUUAUCUGUCCAUGAUUUGUCAUUGGAUCUGACCAUAUUUCAACACAUUUCUGGAGAACAUUUGAAGCGCUGUGUUUUUCAGUCGUAUCCAUCAAAGGUACUUGUAUAGAAACAUAUACAGUGAUGUAGCGACAUGUAGAUUUCUUAAAUACGUUUGGUACUGUACACUCAGAAUAAUAGUCAAACUUUGUGAACCACAGGAGCGGUGCUAAAACUGAGGCACUGAUUUUCUUAAAAUUUGUCACAUUUUGAACAUAAUACAAUAAUCUUAGACCUAGCGCUGUGUUUGGACUUUGAAAAGCCAUCAUGCAACUUUAUUCCAACCUGAAAAAUCCUUCGCGACCCAUUCAGCCCUACAUCUCUGAAUUUCAUAACUUUAACCUUCAGUGCCUUCUGAGAGCCAGUAUUUUUCAUCCCAGAUGAUGUCUGAUUGUGAUUCUCCCGGUGUGUUGAAUUGGGAGAAAACUGUAAAUAUCUAUAGCUGCCUUUAUAUUGUCAUGAUUUGUAAACAAAUUUUUAUACAAUAUCUACAAUAUUUUGUAUAAGAAAUAAAAACUUUCAUCAUAA